AUGACAGGAAUUCGAAGCGCACUCCCAAACCCAGCCUCAUUAGUUGAAAGCUCAACUCACAGAUUUCUUAUUUUUGAUGCACCAAAUGAUGACAAUUUACCUCUUUAUAUAAAUGAAUUAAAAAAAUACAAUGUUACACAUUUAGUUAGAGCAUGUGAUCCAACUUAUUCAACCGAACCACUCCAAGCCAUAGGAAUUCAAGUACACGAUAUGCCAUUUGCUGAUGGUGGUUCACCUCCUGAUGCAGUAGUCAAUAAUUGGGUAAAAAUACUUACCGAUUCUUAUAAAAAGGAUUCAAAGGAAACUAUUGGUAUUCAUUGUGUCGCUGGUCUUGGAAGAGCGCCAGUUCUCGUAGCAAUUGCAUUAAUCGAAUCAGGAAUGAAUCCUCUUCAAGCAGUCGAAUAUAUUCGUGAAAGAAGAAGAGGCUCCAUUAAUAUUAAACAAAUUCAAUAUCUUAAAAAUUAUAAAAGCAAAAAGAAGUCUUCAUGCAGAAUCAUGUAA